CCCCGCUUCGUCGUCUGUUCUCUCGCGGUCGCCGACCGAGCAUCGUAGCGGCGUGUUUUUCUAAAGUCACAAAUUUUGGAAACCUUUCGCCUCCAGAAACUUGACAAUGGAUUCUCUCUCGUCCAGUCAAUUAUCGGGGCUCAAGAGUGAAGAAUUAAUGGAUCAAAUUAGGCAGCAGCUCGCAAUAGCCAAUGCUCAGCUAGUAAUCCAGAAAAUGACAGAGAAGUGUUUCACUAAAUGCAUUUCAAAGCCAGGAUCUUCCCUAGACAACUCAGAACAGAAAUGUGUAGCAAUGUGUAUGGACCGAUACAUGGAUGCGCAUGGUGUUGUAUCAACUGCAUAUCUCAACAGAUUGCGUCAAUAAGAUUAAUGUUAAUCAGUCUCAUCACUUUAUUAGAAUGUUUUAGUACGUGGAUCUUACAGUCAGCAUUUCAUAUGUUCAUCUAUUGUUAAGUUCUAUUUUCUGAUUGACUGAUAUCGACAGAUGACAUUCCUCUCUACAAAGUCUUUCUGAUGUACUCCCUCAAAAUUUUCUGUUGAUCAAUAACUCACAAUGAUCAAUUAUAUUGUCUCAAAACCACUAA